UAUCUUCACAGCGGUUCCAAUACUGGAAAAAUAUGAAGGACAUCAAUGACUUCUUAAUGGAUAUCCGGCACUCAUUUGAUGUAAAGUCGAAACAUGUGGUCAAAUAUUACUCGUUAUGGAUUGAGCAUGAGAGUUAUCAAGAACUCGGCCUAUGUUUUCUAAAGGGUAUUAAUAAUCAACUGGAUUCGAUACCC